GUAAAAAAGAAAGUAGUUCUUAGCAUAAUGAAAAAUCCGAGAACUGCAUUUGCAGACGAAUAACAUAUGGGCCUAUAGAUAAAGCCGCAUUGGAGUUCAGUGGUGCAUGUCAGCUAACAGAUUAUUUAUCUAAGUCGGAACCCUAUUUUUUUAGGGCAGCAAUUAUCGGUGUACACUUUAAGAGGACGAACGCAGUUUUUAAUAAUAUAACUCCUGUAAGGCUCAACGUGACCAGCAUGGAAUCAUUGACGCGUUACGUUUAAUUGGGUGCUUAAGAACGACGUGCAUUACAACUUGUCGAGUGAACCGAGUGUACACUUUCAGUUUCAGUGGCUCGUCAAGCGCAGUUGUUCGUUUGACUCGCGAGGGCAUCACAGUCCAGCCCAAUCACGCAGCUGCAUAAAACAACCAUUGAGCGCCACUCGCUCGGUCGAUGUUCUGCGCCGCGAGGCUCGUGAAGGCGGACGCAGCCUGCUCUCGUAAAGUCUUCUCAGCUGGAAAUGGACGGAGACUCGGAUCUCGGCGUUUUAUUAUCGCUCUGCUUUUCCUUGGAGUUGAGGCAGAUGAAAUCAAAGCGACCUAUUCUGCAUGAUGAUUAGGAGUGAAUGUACAAUUCUGUCUGCGGACGACGUAAACUACUCUUUCCAGAAAUGUUUGAUGAGCUUACAGGCAGAGUUUUUCUUCAGCCAUGUGCUCUAUAUUGUGUAUCUACUAAAAAAAAUGAAACCCUAGGAAGGGGAAAAUGUAGCCACUCAAAGAGCCCCAACUCUUCCCAGGCCUGACGCCAAAUGUGUUGGUGAGGGAAAGCUGGAUAUUUGAUAUGAGGACAGAUUUACUCUACUAUUCCAUGCAUUUUACUUCAUUAUUUCUAUAUUUGCUGAUCAUGUUGACAAGACAGUUCAAGUGUCAAUUAGUAUGCAGCAAGGAAAGUGUGGAGAUUGUGAAAAUGAUCACAAGGGAGCUGGGCAAAGCGAAAUAUGAUGGAAUGCUGUACACUCCAACUCUAGCAGAUUUUGAGAACUGCUCCAGCUCCACGCUUAUGUGCUUUGCACUGGAAGUGAAUGUUUUGUUUGUUGAAAUCCAGAGUAGGGAAAAUUAUCAGUUUGAGCGCCUACCAAGGAUCCUCAAGGUGCUGACAAAUAAGGACAAAAUGGAGCCAUGUCCAGACUGUGAGUUCUAUCGAGAAGAAACACCAGCGACUUUUCUGGGAACCUUACAAACUGUUUUACAACGGAUGAAUGCUGAGAAAAGCUGUGCUCCUGUAACACCGGGCCAGCAGAGCAAGCUCUCACCUCUGCUCUGAUCGUCUUCGCUCCCUCUGCUUCCUUACCAGCCACUUUCUGUUUGGCGCCCAUAAACAGGGCCUUACCAAAUGGAAGACGUGAAGUAUCUUUUGCUGUUGCCAACUACACAGAUCGUUUUCCCUGUUUUGGUCUUGAUAAGUCUUGAUGGCAUGUUCAUGCCAUUGCCAUAACCUUUUUAAUUUGGAUUGCCCUCUUAGAUUUUGUCCUUGGACUGUUGCCUUUAAUAAAAGCUCAGAUGCUUGUCUGAGUCCUGCCGUUACAGCUCCAAAGAAGAACAAGACACAUUUAGAGACCUUUAUGACGAAAAAAAAAAUAAACAUGAUCUAAAGGAGCAGAUUCAUGUGGAUUUGUGAAGCAAUUCUGGAUAAGCUUCUGAAAAACAGACACCAUAUAUUAAGCUACAAUACGUAUCCUUCUGUACAUAACCAUGCAAAUAGAUUUUUAUUAAAUAAAUGACUUUUAUGGAAUAUUUGUUACAAUAGUCUGUUUUGACAACAAAUUAAACCCAUGGGCAAUUUUGCUGACCAUUAGCUUUCCUAUAAAUUAUAACUGUGUAGCUAAUGUUACAAGUUUUUCGUUUGAGAAUUGCAGUAAUAUAUUACAUUGAACGAAAGAAUUACUGUCAUUAGAAUUGUGUACUAGAGUUAGAAUUGUGUAAUAUAUCUAAACUGAAGUUUUAACUGGUCAAAGGAACCAGGGUCAAAAAAUGUGAUAAGACAAGUUUAUUAAACAAAUGUCGAUAUUUUGCUACAUGCCAUGUUGAGUUAUCAAAUUGACAAUAAUAAGUGUUACACAUUAUUGACUAUUUAAUGAAUGUUGCAAUAUUGGUAAAUGAAGUUAUACUCUCUCACUGCUCUGUAAUUUUGGAAAGGAAAUAGCACUUAUGAAAGAAAACCAAAACCAAAAAAAUCCAAAACCAAAACUAUGCUCUGCUUUUACAAUAUUGACAACCAUGUCCUUCGAUUUUGGUAGAUUUUUAUCUCAAUGAUUAUCAUGAAAAUGUUUGGAUGUAUUAUACCAUUGUUUUACUUUAUGACAUGAAAGGGUUUUGACAGCCUUUUUUAGUUUUAUAGCAAUAAAAAUCACAAUUAUUCAAAAUGUGCCAUAAAUUACAAGAUUUAUGCUAAUGUGCUAAACAUAUUUCUUUCAUUUUUUAAUAAUUAAAAAGUUCAAUUAUUAACAAAUUAUGUUGUAUCACAGUGAAUUGUAUGAAAAAAGUACUAAACCUUCUGUAUUAUCUGUAAUUUUUUUCGUUUUACUGUAACAACAAGGAACUACAUUGAAAUAGCCUACAGUAACUUAAAGUAAAGUGUAAAAACAAUAACACCUCUUUUUUAUUGAAAGUAUACAUAAGAAAACAGUAGGAAAACAAGGGACAUAUAGAUGUUUUGUAGUCGUUUUGUAUUGUAUGGUUAAGCUUAAAUAGAUAUUUUAGAUUGGAUAAAAAGUAUUUCACUGUUUCAAUUGUACCAUUUACGUGCUGCUGCCAAGGGUUCAAUAAAGAUUCAAUAAAAGCUUUGCUGAUUCCUCUA